AUGGCAUCCUACACCUCGAUCAUCCGCGAGAUGAUCAUCCCCUCCUCCUCCUCCCGCCCAUCUUCCUCCAAACCCCACUGGGAUCCAAAUACCUCCAUGCCCCUCCUUCCCGACCGCAUCGUCAUCAUCACCGGCCCCACCUCUGGAAUCGGCUACGAAACCCUCCGGCAGCUCGUCCUCUCCUCCGCUCAUGUCUACCUCUUCGGACGCUCGCUCUCUCGUCUCGAACACACCCGGUCUACACUCGAGCGGGAGUGCGCGGAAGCCCUAGCAUCACUACCCAAAACGUCGAGCAGAUAUGGAGCGACUCCGGGAAAGAUGGAUUUGAUACAGUGUGAUCUCUCGGACCUGUCGAGUAUCAAGCGCGCGGUCGAGGAGUUCUGCCAGAAGGAAUCGAGGGUGGAUCUGGUUUUCGGUAACGCAGGAGUCAUGACGGGCGGCAAGACUGCUCAAGGGUACGAACAGAUGUGGGGUACCAAUGUUCUGGGACACCACGCACUGCUCAGGUUGCUUUUGCCCGCAUUACGUGAAUCAUCGGCCACGCGCAAAUCCAUCCAGACGGGUGAAACGAGGAUCAUCCUCACCGCCUCGGACACGCAUCGCUGGGUCAACAAGCCAAUACACCUCUCGCUCACCGACGACGCAUCCAACCCCGCGCUCGGCCACAUCCACCUCUACGGCAGGAGCAAGCUCGGAAACGUCUACACCACCUCGCACCUCUCCCAGAUCUCGACGCGGGAGAACUGGGGGCUGACCGUAUGCAGCGUCCACCCAGGCGGAGUCAAGAGCCAGCUCGGAUCGAGCAACCGGCUGUUGACCGGGUUCAAGAACCUAUUUCUGGUGCCGGCGACGCUGGGCGCCGUGACGCAGCUGUGGGGCGGGACGGGCGCGGCAGCGGACAAGGUGAGCGGCAAGUAUCUCGUCCCCUACGCCAGGAUCGGGAGGGAGAGCGAGCUCGCCAGGGACGAAAAGGUGAGGGCGGACGUCUGGAGCUGGUGCGAGCAACAGUGUGUCAAGCACGGCUUGAUCGCACAGGACGAGGUGAUCGCAUGA